UUAAAAAAAAAAAAAAAAAAAAAAAAAAAAGAAAAAAAACUCAUUAAUGCUUGGUAACCUGUUAACUUGUUGUUAAAGGUCAAAAUUCAGACAGUACCCAAGUUUAGUACCCAACUUGCAACAAAGCAAAGUUGAGUACCCAAUAUGCAACUUUGGCCAAAGUUUAGUACCCACAUUUUAUAUUUACUCAUUAGUUAUAUGAUAUGAUAUACCCAUGAUGCCAAAACAAAAUUCACUCUAUAUCAUUUAGUUUCUUAUACCUAUCAAUUUUUUUAGGUGAAUUUGUGCGAAAUAUUAUCUUUAUUUGCAGUGUUUUUGCGAAUAUUUUGCGUACUGAACAUGGGAAUUCAUCGAAAUGUAAAAACAAGAAUCUUUUAUUAAACAUCAGCAUGAAGCUUGCCUCUUUUUCUGGUCGCAUGCAUACAAAACCAUUUGAUGGUUUCCGUGAUCACUUCCACUUGCUUGGAUGUUCACAAAACACAAAGUAUCAAAAAAUUAUUGCUUGGAAGUUCAAUAAACCACACCAAAUUUAGUCUGUCAUGUGUGUAGAUGGGCACAUCUUGUAACCACUACUUAUAAAAAAAACAAAGUAACCACUAUAACACUGAUGAAAUAACUUCUUUAAUACAAACCAAAUAACUCCUAUUACACCAACAAAGUAACCCUUAUAAUAGCUGGUCACACGAUGUGACCAACCACAUAUAAGAAUGUGUGGUGAUAGUUAGUAUAUUAAUUACGUAUGCAUAUCUCUAACAAAUUCUCAUGACUUCCUUCACUUAUAUUAAUCAUACCAUAGUAACCAUACAUCCAACCCUCUCUGAACGAACACCAAUAAACAAUUUGGCUGCAGGUUUAUUUAUUUAUCAUUCCCUUAAACCACUCCAUUUCUAUAAUUAGUAAAAAUAAUAAUAGCAUAACAGCACUAAUCAUGCACUAAGUCCUAUAACCACUCCAAGUUUGACCCUUCUAUAAUUCCAUAAUUGCUCUUUAAUUUGUUGUCAUUUCGCAAGAGAGACACAAAAAUGAAAGAAUACUGUGUAACAGGGGCGACUGGAUUUGUGGCGUCGCACCUUAUUAAGGCACUGCUGCAAAAUGGCUGCUCCGUAAGAGCUACUGUACGAGAUCCUGGUACUAUUAUUUUUCAUACCAUUUUCUACACCUUGUUUUCUUUAUUACUUUACAUUUAGUAUUUUUUACAUUUAUGUUUUGUUUGCUUGAAUCAAUUUUCAAUUAUGUGACUCCUUAUACACUGAUUUUUGCCUUCAAAUGAAGAAAAACACAUUACUAAUCAUUAAUUAAAAAUUGUUUUACAUUUUUGUCAAAGAUUGAAAUGAUGUUAUAAGGGAGAAAAAAAAAAAACAUUAUUGUAAUCAAGGUAAUUUUAGGGGCCGUUGGUUCAUCAGGGAAGUGAAAAUUCCCAUUAAAUUACAAUUUGUAGGAAUUAAAUUCCUUUGUCAAAAUUAUGGGAAUUCAUGAAAUUUGUUUGGUUAAAAAUGGAGGAAGUAAAUUCCCAUAGGAAUUGAUUGUAACUUACCAAGGGGGGGUUGGGUAAGUUAAUUCCCAUGUUUUGAGGGAAGUCAAAAUUCUCGUGAAUUGGCAUUGCCCCCAUUUUUACUUUUUUGUGUCAACCAAACAAAAAGUCCAAAAUGAAAUUCAUGGGAAUUUUAAAUGCCCACAAGAUAUUAAGCCAACCAAACAACACCUAAGGGCUCGUUUGGUUGAAUGUAAGAAUUGCAAAUUCCUUGGAAAAUUGAUUUCCCAUGAAAUUGAACUUCCUAGGAAAUUCUAAAAAGUGUUUGGUUAACUAAGGGAAUGAGAAUUUUCACUUACCUAGGUCUCCCUAGGUAAUUAACUUUCCCCAUAUUAUGGGAAGUGGAAAUUCAUGGGAACUUUCCGUGAAUUUGUCAACCAAACAACUUCAAAGAAUUUCAAUUACUAGGAUUUUCAACUUCCCAUGUUUUUAUUUGUCAACCAAACAACCCCUUAGUAUGUGCAACAUUAUACUAGUAUAAAACAACAAAUUUAGCUUUCUUCAUUCUAUAGUUUUUUAAGUAACAUAUUAUUUCUUUUUAAAAAGAAUAAUGGGUAUCUAUGAGUAUAGAAAACGAGUUUCUAGAGGAAGGAGAAAAACAAAAUUGAAUUUGUACCUGCAUUUGUAUUAAAAUGCUCAUACUAUACGCGGUUGGAUGAAUCAAGAUGUACUACCUACAUAUCUGCCCUCACAUAAGAAAGUGUUUUCAUGCUUUAUUACGUCAAUCUUGAUUAUAGUUGCUAAGAAGAUGAGGAGUUAUGCGAAAUUGCAAAGGCAUUGUUUAGUAAAAUAAUAAAUCUAUUGUUAUCUCCAAUAAUGCUUUAAUAGUAGCUUGAUGGAGAUCGUUACUAAUCCCUCUGUGUUUUAAUAAAUGUUACAGUUUGAUCGACACAUAGUUUUAAAUAAUAUAAUUGAUUUAAAUAAAAUAAGAGGUAAGUAGACUAGUUGAAGUAUUAAAAAAUUGUUAAAAAAAAAUAGUAGGUUAGUAGUUUAUUGAAGGAAAAAUGGAAAUUAAAAAUCAAACCUUUGCGCGGUAUUAAUAAUCAAGAGGUUGGGUUAUUACGUUGUGUACGUAUGAGCAGAUGUGGUAUGCCUAUGCUAAGACAUUAGGAGAAAAGACGGCACAGAAAGUAGCAGAGGAAAAAAAUCUUGAUCUUGUGGUUGUACACCCAUCCUUUGUAAUUGGUCCCUUGCUUGCUCCGUAUGUAACGAGCUCACUCAAAUAUGUACUUGAUCUAAUCAAAGGUGCAAAAGGUGCAUACCCAAAUGGGUAUUGCGGAUUUGUUCAUGUAGAAGAUUUAGUAGCAGCUCAUAUAUUAGCUAUGGAGGAAAGCAAAGCAUCAGGCAGAUAUAUCUGUUCAAGCUCGGUAGCACAUUGGUCCGACGUCUUGGCAGGGCUUAGGACUAAGUAUCCCAUGUACCCGUUUGAAACCAAGCCUAAUAACAACGAAGGGGAUCGAAAUCAGCAUAGCAUGGAUGCUACUAAGAUUCUGCAGUUGGGGUUACCAAGUUUCAAAAGUAUCCCUGAAAUGUUUGAUGAUUGCAUCAAAAGUUUCGAAGACAAAGGGAUGUUGUCAUCAGCUUCUUAGCUUAAUUUGUUGUCAAAACUUAGUAAUCAGUGGUCCAAUAUGAUGGCAUUGAAGAUGCCUCUUUUAUAUAUGUAGCCGAUUGUGAUCGAUCAUUUGAUUUCUUUUUUCUUUUGAUGAUACUAUUCCUAAUUUCAAUGUUGGUGGUUCUCUUUUAUAUUUCUCUACUUUAUUUAAAGAGACUGGAUACAAAUAUACCAUUAGCGCACCUUUUAUUUGUCUGGUUUUUUACUCCUGUCAUCAAGCACCGGCAAUAUAGCAUGGCAUCAAAUGCUAAUAUGCUGUAGCGCAAUGCUAAGAUAGAUUUGAUCCUCUUCCAAGUAAGAAAAAAGUUUCAUGGUGUAAUUCUUAUGAACUCUAAACAAAUAGAA